CCUGACUACUACAAAAAAGAAUUCCACGCUUACGAGAAUGGAAAUUUGUGCUGGGACGCGGCUUUAGAGGUCGAAAUUGCUUCAGCAGCGGUGGGAGCUAGAAAUUUUCCGGCAUGUGGCCGCGAUGGAGAGCAGGCCUUUCGAGACUCGUUUGGCGUCGCGCUGCAGGAAAUGGGGGCAACAUGUCCUGCUGGAGGAACAAUUGUAGACUUAGGAUGUGGAUCAGGGAUGAGCACUCGCUGGCUGGCAGCGAGAUAUCCACAUGCUGGCCGGCUGCUAGGCAUCGAUCUAUCCCCGUACUUUGUACAAGUCGGAAAGCGCUUGUUGGAAUUACAACCCAAUGCCAAGCAAGCCGGAGGCGAAUGGGUUUCUUCUGUCGCCUUUGACGGCCGAAUCAAGUAUCAGACUGGCGAUGCCACGAAUACCCAACUGCCAAAUGAAUCUGUAGAUGUCGCAACGCUUCAGUUUGUGGCUCACGAGUUGCCGUACGAGAUUACGCUCGAGAUCAUUAGGGAAACGCACCGUAUUCUCAAACCUAAUGGGCAGCUUUGGUUCUGUGAAAUGGAUUUUGAAUCACCGGCUUAUGCGGCUCAGCGAGCCAAUCCUUUGCUCUUUAGCCUAAUCCGAUCCACGGAGCCUUACCUUGAUGAUUAC